AUGGCGAGCAACGCUGACACCGCCACGAGCUUUGAAGUGGAGCCGGCAGCGCCGGUGCCACGGAGGACGCGGGCGUCCAUCAUCAAUUCUUCCACUCGGAUGAGGUCUUUGUACCGUGCCUCUGUGACAGCGGCAGUGGCCAUGCAGGAUGAUGCAUUCGCAAAAGCAAUGAAGGCUGAGGCAGAAGAUUUUGGCGAAGAUACCGUGGCCAAGAUCACCAGCUUCGAGGCCAUUGCCAACUUCGUCAUUGGAUGCAUUGGUGCAGGCAUCGUCGUCUUCCCCAAGGUCAUGGCACUGAAUGGCUGGGGCCUUGCUUUGACGCUAAUCGGAGUGAGCGCGUUCGUAUGCUUCGAAACAGGACGUUUGAUCAUUGCCUCAUGUGAGUUAGCAGAAAUGUGCUCUGGCGCACGGAAAGGUACCAUCACCAACUAUGAGGACAUCGCCAGUGCUGCCUAUGGCACUGCAGGCAAGACAGUCCUGGCAAUUGUGAAGAAUAGCUAUGCGAUAGGUGCUCUAUUUGUCUAUACGGUUCUCCUUGUGGAGAGCUUCCACUCAUUCCUUGAACCUAUAGUUUCGGAGGGAGUGGUGCGCUGGCUGUUGGUUUUCCCCAUCAUUCUGUUGCUUUCAAUGAUCGUGAAUCUGAAGCAGUUGGCGAAGGUGGCGCCUCUAGGUACAGCGGCUGUUUUUGCCCAGUGCGCAGCCAUUUGCAUUGGGUGCUUGGUGAUUACGGUCAAUGGAAAAAUCCUUUACGAGGUCCUCAUGGAAAAGGUCAUUAAAUCCCCACUGCUGAAGGCAGCACUCAUUAUGAGUAAGGAAGCAAUCAUUCAAACAAAUCCAACAUGGAGUUUCAUGGUUUUCGACCUCUUCCAGAUUGGUUCGGCAUUGUCAGUCUUUGUCUUUGGCUUUGAUGGCAUAGUCAACUUGCCAAGCAUCCGUGGACAGAUGAGCGAUCCGUCAGAAUUGCCUAAUGCCUUGAGAACCGGCUUCUUCAUCGUUGCGGGAUUCUGCAUCGUGGUGAUGGUGUGUGGUUACUGGGGGUUCGGCAACUGGGUCACAGACAAUGUCAUCACUGGCAUGGCACAAUUUGCCGAAGGCUUUGUUUGCCUUUUCUCAGUUGUCGCAUCCGUUGGCGUGACCAUCAACCUCCUGAUCAGCUAUCCAUUGAUUUUCUUCACAGUGAUCAGUUUCUUCGAAAGCGUGGCAAAGGGAAGCCUGGCAGUGCCCUUGUCAAAGGUGAACAUCGCAUGCCGAGCAGCUUUAGCGUUGUUCAUGAUUGUGGUCGGACUCCUCUUUGAAUCUCCCAAGGAUGUGAUCAGUUUGGUGUCGGCAAUCUUUGGAAGCUGUCUUAGCAUUUUCUUCCCGCUGGCGUUGUUCUACAAACUUCGCGCACAAGCUAAGAGCAUAGGACACAAUCUGGACGUAGUACCUACGUGGCGAAUGGUGGCGCAUGGUGGAGUUGCCUUGUGCGGAGCAAUUGCGAUGCUUUUCGGGUUUAUAAACGAGCUGCAGAAUAUGAUCGGAGAGAAAAAGCAGGGUCCUGGUCCUGGUUUGAAAGGCAUUCUUCCGAAACCGUGA